AUGGUGGUCCGCUGGCUUUGGUUAUGUAUAGGGAUAGCUUUCAUCCAGGGCUUAACAUCUAGUCCCAUACCAGUGCCAGAGGAUGAAUGGCUUGAUUUUGCGAAAGCGCUAAACGAUCCGCAGUAUCGUCUGCCCAGAACAGUAACGCCAGAUGAAUAUAUUGUAACACUUACACCAUAUUUGGACACUGCUCCGACCAAUUCAAAUCCUUUUACGUUUGACGGAGAAGUAUCCAUAACAGUGACAGUACAACAAGCCACAAAUGAAAUAGUAUUACACUGUAAUGAUCUCACUAUCAAGCAACUAACAUUGCAAACGACGGCUGGGGCCAAUGUACCUUUAGACACUACGACUUUCACCUGUGAAAUGCCCUACAGUUUCCUCAGGGUUAAAACGGCUGCAGCCCUAACGGCUAACGAAAAAUAUGUGAUAAAAUCGACAUUCUCUGGUAACUUACAAACGAAUAUGAGAGGUUUCUACAGGAGUUGGUACAAGGACAGUAAUGGAAACAAGAAAUGGUUAGCAAGUACGCAGUUCCAGCCAGGACAUGCCCGUCAAGCGUUCCCUUGCUUUGACGAACCUAUCUUUAAAGCUUUCUUUGACAUCACCAUCAACAGAGACGCGACCCUUCAGCCGACUGUGGCCAAUAUGCCUAUUAAACAAACAUCACCGGUGACGAAUGGCCGAGUAUCUGAAACCUUCGAAAGAACACCAAAGAUGUCCACCUACUUGAUUGCAUUUAUCGUCUCUGACUUCGAGGCUAUCUCCACUAAUAACAACGCAACGCAUCCCUUCCAUAUAUAUGCGAGGAAAACUGCGGGAAAUACCGGAACAUUCGCUUUGGAUAUGGGUGUUAAACUUCUGGAUAUAAUGGAGGAAUACACUCAAAUACCUUAUUACUCCAUGGCUACGAAAAUUGAUAUGAAACAGGCGGCAGUCCCGGACUUUUCCGCUGGUGCUAUGGAGAACUGGGGAAUACUUACUUACAGGGAAGCUUUCCUUCUCUUCGACGAAGAAAACAGCAACCAUUGGUACAAACAGAGAAUCGCAAAUGUGAUCGGACACGAAGUUGCUCAUCAGUGGUUUGGCAAUCUAGUGACGUGUGCUUGGUGGGAUAAUUUGUGGUUAAAUGAAGCUUUCGGCAGAUACUAUCAGUAUUAUCUUGCGGAAAUGGGAGCCCCAGAAAUGGGUUUUGAUACCAGAUUUGUGGUAGAACAGCUACGAGUGUCAAUGCUAUCGGAUUCGGUUGAUUCAGCCCACGCUCUCACUAACCCUAACGUCAAUGAUCCAGCCAGUGUGUCUGCGCAUUUUUCCACAAUUACGUACGCCAGAGGGGCGUCUAUGCUUAGAAUGACCAGAGCACUUCUUGGUGAUUCAACGUUCGUGAAAGGUCUGCGUAAAUUCCUUGAAGCAAGAAAAUUUGACGUCGCUGAACCGCAGCACCUCUUCUCAGCUUUUGACUCAGCAGCGACUGAAGAUGGCGCUCUUAGUAAUUACCAGGGUAUUACCAUUGACUCCUACUUCAGGAAAUGGUCAGAAAAGGCUGGACAUCCGCUUAUUAUUGUGUCCGUUAACCAGACCACUGGUAUCGGUCGCAUUAGCCAGUCUCGCUGGGAGCGUGAUACAGGUGUAUCCACCCACACAGGAAUUUGGGAUGUCCCAAUAACAUGGACUCGCGCUGGUGCAGUAGACUUCACGAAUUUGAAACCAAACUUCAUUCUCACUGAACAAAGCAGCACCUUUGUUAGGGGCAGCACUACACCUGAAUGGAUCAUUCUAAACAAGCAACAGACAGGUUUCUACAGAGUAGACUACGAUUACAAUAAUUGGGUACUCCUCACGAGAGCUCUAAGGAACACUACCAGGACAGUAAUUCAUGAACAUAACAGAGCUCAGAUUGUUGAUGACUUGUUCAACUUUGCUCGAGCCGGUGUACACACAUACGAUAGGAUCUUCAACAUUCUUUCUUUCCUGGAGUUCGAAGACCAGUACGCACCCUGGAUGUCAGCCAUUACUGGUUUCAAUUUCGCCAGAAGCCGAUUAGCGUAUGACGCUGCCAGUUUGAAAAGAUUAGACACUCUCAUUUUAAGCCAGAGUAAAGCGAUUGUGGCUCGUCUUGGAUACGUCGAAAAACCUGGAGAACCUUUUAUGGAUGGGCUUCUGCGCAUGAACCUGAUGAAUUUCCUAUGUAAUGUUGGUGACGAGACCUGUUUAUCUACAGCGAAAGACACUUUCCAAAAGUGGAGAAAUGGUCAGGCUAUAUACCCAAAUAUGCGCUCCUGGGUUUACUGUAACGGCCUAAGACAAGGAACCGCUGAAGAUUUCACAUUCUUCUGGAAUAAAUAUCUAAACGAGCAACUCGCCACAGAGGUCGUGGUAAUGCUGGCAGCAGCCGGUUGUACUACAGACACACCCAGCCUUGAAACUUUCCUCAACGCUAUAGUUGACACAGAAGAAAUUGUCAGACCCCAGGAUGUCUCUACAGCUUUGAGUUCUGCUGUCACCAGCAAUGAUGAGAAUGCCAUGAAAACGUUCCAAUGGCUGAAGACCAAUCUCGCUAAAGUAAAUACUGGGCUCGGCAGUGCAGCUACAAUUGUACGGAAUAUUGCUGGGAAACUAUUAAACGAACAACAGCUGACUGAGUUCCAAACUUGGCUCACUGCAAACCAAGCUGAUCUGGGCGAUGCUUACACAACUGGUGUCAACUCAAUACAGACAACGAGAAACAACAUGGCUUGGUCAACGAAACGACUGAGCGAGUUCACAAAUUACUUUGACAAAGGAUAUGCUGAUGAAGAGUUGGACUUACCUGAUGAAGACAACACGGGUGGCUCAGCCAAUAUCGCAGCUAUAAGUGCUCUUACGUUAUUAGUCACGCUUACUAUAAAUUUAAUCGCGUAA